CCCGGAGAACAGGGGCACCAUUCACGCACCGCUGGAGCUCGGGCACUUGCUCCCGCACACUCGAAGGACUGAACGCUGAAGGCCAUGGCGCGCUCCCCGCGGCGUCCCCCCGUCCUCCUCCUCCACCUGGCCUGGCUCUGCGCGCUCGGCUGCACCUGCGUGUCCACCUUCAACCUGGACCAGGACAAAGUCAUCAAGAAGGUCGGCGACAAGAACAGCUUCUUCGGCUUCUCCUUGGCCAUGCACAGGCAGCUGCAGCCUGCGGAGAAGAGGAUGCUACUAGUUGGGGCACCUCGUGCUAAGGCCCUGGAUAAACAAAAGGCCAACAUCACUGGAGGCUUGUACAGCUGUGAGGUUACAACUCAAACCAAUGACUGUAAGCGUGUUAUUUUCGACAAUGACGUGGAUUCCACAAAGGAGAACAAGGAGAACCAGUGGAUGGGUGUGACGGUGCGAAGUCAGGGUCCAGGAGGAAAGAUUCUGGCAUGUGCCCAUCGCUAUCAGAAGUGGCAGUUUGUCAGCCAGCCCCAGGAGACUCGGGACAUCAUAGGUCGCUGCUAUGUGCUGAGUCAGGACCUGACCAUCAACACUGCAAGUGCUGAAGAUGGUGGCUCUUGGAAGUUCUGCGAUGGCCGUGUCCGAGGACAUGAGCGGUUUGGGUCCUGCCAGCAGGGGCUGUCAGCCACCUUUACAAAGAACUACCACUACCUGGUGUUUGGGGCCCCUGGAGGGUACAACUGGAAAGGCAUUGUUCGAGUGGAGCAGAAGAACACCACCCUGGAAGACCAGGGCAUUUUUGAUGAUGGGCCAUAUGAAGUUGGGGACGAGAGUGCCUUGGAUGCUACAUUAGUGCCAGCGCCUCCUAACAGCUACUUAGGAUUCUCUCUGGAUUCUGGGUAUAAAAUUACGAAAAAGGGCCAGCUGACAAUUGUGGCUGGGGCACCGAGAGCCAAUCACAGCGGGGCUGUCGUCCUUCUCAAGAUAGAUCCGGAGUUUAAGUCCCGACUCAUUGAUGAGUACACCUUCGAGGGUCAAGGACUGGCAUCAUCCUUUGGCUAUGAUGUCACUGUGGCAGACCUCAAUAAAGAUGGGUGGGAAGAUAUUGUGGUGGGGGCUCCUCAGUAUUUUCUUAAGGACGGAGAAGUCGGAGGAGCAGUUUAUGUUUACAUUAACCGGGAGGGAAAAUGGAACACUGUUAAACCCAUUCAGCUCAACGGGAACAAAGACUCUAUGUUUGGCCUGGCGGUUGAGAACAUUGGUGACAUUAAUCAGGACUCCUAUGAAGACAUAGCCGUUGGAGCUCCCUAUGACAGUAACGGUGAAGGAAAAGUGUACAUAUAUCAUGGCUCUGCCAGUGGGAUCACAACCAAGCCUGUACAGAUUCUUCAAGCAAAUGAUGCGAAUGUCAAAUUAUUUGGGUAUUCUUUGGCUGGAAACAUGGAUUUGGAUAAGAAUAGUUAUCCUGAUGUAGCUGUUGGAUCACUGUCAGAUACAUUGUUCAUUUAUAGAGCAAGGCCAAUUAUAAACAUUGAAAAAAGUGUCCAGAUAACACCAAAUGAAAUUAAUUUGACAAGGACAAAUUGUGGUGAGCGUAUAUGCAUGGAAAUGAAUGCCUGUUUCAGCUUCAGUGCAAACCCCCCAUCCUACAACCCCAGAUUGACCCUUGCCUUUUCAAUAGCAGUGGACCCUGAACAGAGCAAGCGCAACAUGCCCCCCAGAGCCACAUUCUUGACCAAAUCACCAACAGAUACAAAUAAACUCAGUGGAACUGUUGAACUCCUAGGCCAGAAUAACAGACAGUGCAUCAUCCAAAAGCUUCAGCUGAAGGACGGCAAGGAACUCAAAGACAAGCUGCGGCCGAUUGGCGUAGAGGUGUCGGUGUCCAUCCAGGAUUUGAAACGUAGGAGGAGGGACAGCAUGCUCCCUCAGCUCGUUCCUGUUCUCGACGCCAACAAUGACAAGACCAAGACACAGGUUGGCUUUUCAAAGGAAGGGUGUGGAGCUGACAACAUUUGCCAGAGUAACUUAGAAAUGAAAUACAAGUUCUUCUACAAGGAUCCCAAACAAGAUAUUUUUCAUCCAUUUCAACAAAAGAAUGGCGUACCGGUGAUGUCGCUCAAUGACCAAAAGGACAUUGCUCUGGAAAUUAAUGUGACAAAUAAGAACGGGGAUGAUGCGUACGAGGCCAGGGUGCAGGCUGUGUUCCCUAGCUAUCUGUCCUACUCUGCCUAUCGGGUAAAGAAAGCUGGGAAUCAACAGGUGAACUGUAUAUCCAACCAGAAUGGAUCAAGCGCAUACUGUGAACUAGGGAAUCCAUUUAAAGGAGGUUCAGAAGUUACAUUCUACAUUAUACUGAGUACAGCUAGCAUGUCUCUGGACAUCGCAGAAAUUGAAGUCGACCUUAACCUUGAAACAACAAGUGAGCAGAAGAAUCUGAAUGUAGUGAAGGCCAAAGCUCAAGUCUUGACUGAGCUGCUCCUGUCAGUGUCAGGGGUGGCAAAGCCUUCCCAAGUUGAAUUUGGAGGCGAAAUUAAAGGAGAGAGUGCCGUAAAGUUCGAGGAUGAAAUUGGCAGUUUGAUUGAAUACAAAUUCCGGAUCAUCAAUCUGGGCAGGCCACUCAAGUUCUUUGACACAGCAUUCCUGAACAUUCAGUGGCCAAAGGAGACCGACAAUGGGAAAUGGAUCCUGUACCUUUUGAGUACCACCACUGAAGGCCGGAAGAAGAUCCCCUGCUCUCCACAAGCAGAAAUUAAUCCAAAUAAGGUAUCCCACAAAUCAAGGAAGAAACGAGCGCCCGGAGAUGAAAAGUCAAGUGGAAGUACAUUCUUCCGAUUCUUAGACCGAGACAAAAAAAAAUACAAAACUCUGAUGUGCGGCAAUGGGACCAAAUGUGUGGAGAUCAGGUGCCCCCUGGAGGGCUUGGAGAGUAAUGCAAUCGUUCUGCAGUCUCGGCUCUGGAAUUCUACCUUCCUUGAGGAAUACCCCAGCUUGAAUUAUCUUGACAUUAUUGUAAAGGCUUCCCUCCACCUUGACAACACUGCACAUAACAUAUUUAUGAAAAAUGCUGAAACUCAGGUAAGAGUCACAGUCUUCCCAGAGAAAUCCGUGGCCAAGUACAGCGGGAUGCCGUGGUGGAUCAUCCUGGUGGCCAUCCUGGCUGGCCUUCUGCUGCUGGCACUGCUGGGGUUUCUGCUCUGGAAGUGCGGUUUCUUCAAGAAAUCCAAAAAAUACCAGUACGAUUCCUCGUAUCACAAGGCUGAAUACCAUGUUCAGCCAUCUGACAAAGACAGACUCACAGCUGACGCAUAGUGCUUGCACACUGCACUCUGGUGUGGAUUUUUCAAGCGUUACAAGUAUGAUGACAAGAUUCCAAAAUAUUACGCGGUAAGGAUAAAGAAACAGGAGCAGCAGGAUGAGAAAGCCAGCUAUGAGACCCCUGAAAAAAAACUGUGGAUGACAGUAUGGAAUGAGAACGAGAGCUACUCUUAAGUCUUCCUAACCUGUUCCUGGAAGCCUCCCAAUGCUCUUUCCCAACUCUGUUCGUGUGAACAGACAGAGACUCGAUCACACCCUUUGGGACUGGGACUUUGUUUUGCACAAUCAUAAUAUUUGAUUGUAUAUAUUGAAAACUACAGACAGAUUUACAUACAUGUUACAGACCCACAAUGCUUACAGAUGUAAAAUAGCUUUUUUUUGCAUCACAUUUAAUUUUAUCACAUUUAAUAUAAAAAUUAUUGGUGUGCAGAUAGCUUUAGUCUUCUAUGGCUUUUGUAACAUCUUUGAAAUAUUUUCAUAAAGAUUUGCUAGAAUUUUUUUUUUUUUUUUUUGUGCUCCAGAAUUUUCUAUUCACUGUUAAACUACUCACCCCAUUUUAAUGCACUUCAGCCCAUGUUAUGUUUUUAAUGUACAGAUUGGACAAUUUUGUAGGAUUUGUAAAUAUUUUGAUAUAGUUUUGGAUAAUGUAUAUUUAUUUUUCUCACAGACUUAUUUUUACAAAUAUCCUGAGACUAAGAUUCUGGUUUUAUUCUUAGAAUGAGGAUUGUUGCCCUCCUCUCUGGGUAAGAACUGCUGCACAGGGUUUGGAGUUCAAGAGAUUCACAUAAAAUCUAAAAUCAAGCAGUCUUUUUAUUUAAGGAAAAAAAAAAAAAAAAUAUAUAUGUAGACUUUGGUCAACCAGACUUGUGCUUUUAUAAAUUUCAUACAAAUAUAUUGUUUUUCUAGAGUAAUGGUUUAGAUUCAUUUUCAAAGGAGUUUGGCUUUUUUGCACCAUGUAGUACUUGUAUGUGUAGACAUUCCUCAUGUCAUGUUUCUAAAAAUCUUAGAACCCCUGUAUGUCUGUCUCUGGGUACAGGGACAGCUAGCAGCAUAGUGGUUAGAGGCAAAGGUUGCUGGUUUGAAUCCCACUUCCAGCUGUAGUACCCUUCAGCAAGGUACUUACCCUAAAUUACUCCAGCAGAAUUACCCGGCUGGGUAAAUCUUUGUAGGUGACUUAACAGUGUAAGUUGCUUUGGAGAAAAGCGUCAGCUACAUGAACAAAUGUAAUGCUUAAAACGGGGGUCAAGUUCAUAUACAAUGCUGGAAACUGUAACUGUGGUUACUUCUAAAAUAGUCCUUUUUCAGCUGUUGGGAAACUUGACAUGGUUGUUUAAGUGUUGUUGACCAAUAAAUAUUGUCAAAGGUAUUUUGUAGAAAAAGGGAUUCUGAUGUGGAAAAAGCAGCGUGUUGCACACGUGAGCUAUUACUGCAAGUUCUUUCAGUAAGUAAGCAAAACAAGAAAUAAUGUUUGUGCACUGUUAUUACCCAAAAGCAUUGUUUUGGUAUUUGUAAAGGGAGAUUUAUGUCGGGAUUCCACAAUAACAACAGUUGGUCACACCGAUCAGUAUCUAUACCAUUAUGCCAUCUUUUGUUUUCCCAAAUAUCAGUCGGUCAGUUUCCUUCCAUUUGUUCUGGUGAAAGUCGCUGUCAUUUUUCCACGUAUAAAACUGUUCAGGUAUAUUAAGUCAUAUCACUGGCUUUCGUAAGAACACCUGUGGAGUUUUACAAUAAGAUCAAGAAAUAAAGGGGGAACAAAAAUCACAGUGA